UCGUGGCCAGCCGCGGCCUGCUCAAGCACCUCAUACAGAUACAGGCCAAGGCGACCAUGCGCCUCACCGAGCAGCGGGUGAGUGUAUACAAACGUUCAGCGCAGCGUGCGAGAUCGUCCGCAUGCUGCCCGCGCUGCUGGAGCGCGCCGACCACGCCGAGCUGCUGUGCCGCCUGGCGCUGUUCCUGCUGCGCGUGCACCGCGCGCCGCUCGUGGCCAGCCGCGGCCUGCUCAAGCACCUCAUACAGAUACAGGCCAAGGCGACCAUGCGCCUCACCGAGCAGCGGGACAUGGUAGGAUACAAUUUGCACGCCCUGCAAUGGAUGCGUAGAGACAUCGAGGCGGCCGACAAUGAGCAACUCUUCCACGACGCGACAGUCGCGCGACGGACGCGCGACAAACGCGCUAGGACAAGACAGGCGGUCAAACGACCUAUCGUCACUGUUACAUAGUUUAGUUAUUAAUAUAUAUUAUGAAUAAAAUUUGUAUUAAAAAUG